CAAGUACAGACGCAAGAUUUUACAACAAAAGUGUAAAUUUCCAGCAAUGAAGUUGGGGCAGGAAUAAAUCAAAGUUAACUUCACCCACCUUCUUUGCCGUUCAUCGAAAAAUAUAGCAAUUUCGAUCUACCUUGUUUAUCCCUUUCAUGUUUUUGCCUCACAAACAAACAAGUAAUACGCAUCAGUACUGUUCUUCCACCCUCAUCCUCCAUUAAUGCAUCAACGAACUUUCGACCUCAAUCGACACAGUCCCAUACCCAAUUAUGGGGUAUCUUACUCUCACCCAUUAUUAUACCAAAACCCUAGAAUAAGAAUUUCCGACUUCAAAACCAACUGCUACACUCACCAUAAUCAUGUCAUUAGAACUCAUGUUCCUGUUAAUUGCAUAAGUUAUGGAAUUGAUGUGUCCGUUUCGAAGCAUCGCCGUCUUUCUUCCGUCAAUUUCUCCGGAAAGAAAGAAUUUGAUGUCGCCACCCUUGGAAACCUAUGUGUUGACGUUGUGCUUAAUGUUCCCAAUUUGCCCCCUUCGUCCUUUGACGAACGUAAAAAUUACAUGGAACAGCUUGCUAAAUCGCCUCCUGAUAAGAAACACUGGGAAGCUGGUGGUAACUGCAACAUGGCUAUAGCAGCAGCAAGAUUGGGACUUCGUUGCAUUGUAAUUGGUCAUGUUGGGGAUGAAAUAUAUGGAAAAUUUCUCUUGGAUGUUCUUCAAGAUGAGGGGAUUAAUCUGAUAGGGAUGAGAGAAGAUGAUGAUAUAAUCAACAGUUCCAGUAGUGCAUAUGAGACACUUUUAUGUUGGGUCUUGGUGGAUCCUUUACAAAGACACGGGUUUUGCAGUCGAGCAGAUUUUAGCAAGGAGCCUGCAUUUACUUGGAUGAGAACAUUAUCUGAUGAAGUAAAGAGGAAUAUACAAAAGUCAAAAGUCCUUUUCUGUAAUGGCUAUGGCUUUGAUGAGCUUCCUGCAAAUCUGAUUACUCAUGCCCUUGAGUAUGCUGUUGAAGUUGGAACAUCAGUCUUUUUUGACCCUGGACCAAAGGGAAAAUCUCUUGCUAUUGGGACACCUGAAGAACAAGAAGCACUUGCUAAGUUGCUGAGGUUUAGUGAUGUUCUUCUUCUAACUUCAGAGGAGGCUGAAUCAAUGACUGGGUUGGAUAACCCAAUAGCAGCUGGAAAGGAGUUGCUAAGUAAAGGAGUCCGAACAAAAUGGGUGAUCAUUAAAAUGGGAUCAAAGGGCUCUAUUUUAAUCACCAAAUCAGGCAUUUCAUGUGUGCCUUCAUUCAAGGUGGAAGUGAUGGACACGGUUGGAUGUGGAGACAGCUUUGUGGCUGCGAUUGCAUUUGGUUACAUACACAAGAUGCCAUUACUUCAUACAUUAACAAUAGCCAAUGCAGUGGGUGCAGCAACAGCCACCGGUUGUGGGGCCGGGAGAAAUGUUGCAAACUUACAAAAAGUCAAGCAGCUCAUCAAGGAGUCAAACCUCAAUGAAGACGACACUUUUUGGAACAAAUUACUCCAUGAAAAUUUGAACAAAAAAGAAGACAUCACAAUUCUGUCAAAAAAAACAGCAAACAAUGAAUUUUUUAAACAUGUAACCCUUCAAAAGGUGGUUAGUGAGGUUCUUCAUAAGCUUGAGGAAGCCCUAAAAAGACAAUCCAUACCCCUACCUUCUCAUUCUUCGUUUUCCCCUUGUGCCCUUGUUGCCCUUUUGCUUCAAAAUUUCUGUGUUCCCCAUCCCUACCCUCAGCCCUCUUUCAGAUUUUCGAAACUUUUAGCACUUAGAACGUCAAGUUGUGUGGCGAAAUUUGGUUUUUAUUAUCGCUUGAUCCGUUGGAGGCUCGGUUUUCUAAUUUUUAUCGCACUUGGAACCUUCAGUUGUAGGUUGAAAAUUGGUUUUGGUUGUAGCUGGAUCUGAUAGAGGUUUGGUCUAGAUUGAUGCUUCUUGUCCUCCGGAACUUGUGACUUUUGUGAGAGUAAUAUCAUGGAAAACCAUGACAUGAUUGUUGGAUCAAGGCCAGACAUAUCAUCCAUUCAGAACCAAUUAAGACAUGAACAGAAUUAUGUGGGCAGACAGAAUCAGAAUCAUACCUCUGAACUGGGACAGACACAGAACCUCAAGCAUGAGACCGAAUUAGGAGAGAACAAUAAUCAUCGCAUAACUCUAACACAACACCAUGAUCAUGAUCAUGAUACUGAUCAUGAUCAUGAGCUACUUCUAGACCAUGAAAUUGCAACCAUGUCACAUCCACAUAAUCAUGGAAACGAAGCCACAACCGAAUUCGAUGACACCAAUCAACAACACGACAACAACCAAUACAACGAUGGUGCCACAAAUCCUGAUUCCCAAUUAGUCCUUUCAGAUCAAUGUCACGAGAUGGGUUUAUCCAACGAUCACGGAUUACCCGUUGUAGAUAACAACCACGAGCUUGUGGUACACCAGAACACUGCUGACAUGGGUGUAGUAGUACCUCUACCUCUAUCUUUUCACAGACCCGAUCUCGUCCUCACAACUCCAGUAAUCCAAAGCCGAACAGUGGCUCCUCCAAACUACGAAUUAAUGGUGGGUCAAGAGUUUCCAGAUGUCGCGAGCUGUCGUAGGGCUUUAAGACACACUGCAAUCGCUCUUCACUUUGAGAUACAAACUGUUAAAUCUGACAAGACACGUUUCACUGCUAAAUGUGCAAGCGAAGGGUGCCCUUGGAGAAUCCAUGCUGCUAAAUUGCCAGGUGUACCAACAUUCACAAUCAGAACAAUCCACUCGGAACAUAACUGUGGUGGAAUCGCGCAUCUUGGACACCAACAAGCUUCGGUUGACUGGGUUGCGAAUACAGUAGAACAACGCCUCAAAGAAAACCCACAAUGCAAACCCAAAGAGAUUCUAGAAGAGAUCCACCGUGUUCAUGGAAUCACAUUAUCGUACAAACAAGCAUGGAGAGGUAAAGAACGGAUCAUGGCAGCUUUACGUGGUUCGUUUGAAGAAGAUUACCGUUUACUCCCUCAGUAUUGUGAUCAGAUUAGAAGCACGAAUCCCGAUAGUAUCGCAUCUGUUUACGUGAAUCCUUCUGACAACUGUUUUCAGCGGCUUUUUAUCUCUUUUCAAGCUUCGAUACACGGGUUUUUGAACGCGUGUAGACCGCUUAUCGGGCUGGAUAGAACCGUUUUGAAAAGCAAGUACCUGGGGACUUUGCUUUUAGCUACUGGGUUUGAUGGAGAUGGUGCUCUGUUUCCUUUAGCAUUUGGUGUUGUUGAUGAAGAAAACCAAGACAACUGGAUGUGGUUCCUUUUGGAGCUUCAUAACUUGUUAGAAAUCAACACUGAAAACAUGCCGAGGCUUACGAUUUUGUCAGACAGACAGAAGAAUAUCGUGGAAGGGGUGGACGCGAACUUCCCAACCGCUUUCCACGGGUUCUGCAUGCGCCACCUCAGCGAAAGCUUCCGGAAGGAGUUCAACAACACGAUGCUGGUGAACCAUCUUUGGGACGCAGCCAACGCGCUUACAAUCAUGGAAUUUGAACAGAAAAUCCUGGAAAUCGAAGAGGUGUCGCAAGAAGCGGCGUACUGGAUCCGACGCGUUCCGGCUCGGUUGUGGGCCACCGCGUAUUUCGAAGGGACGCGGUUCGGCCACCUGACGGCUAACAUUGUGGAAUCGUUGAAUGUAUGGAUUCUAGAAGCUUCCGGACUCCCGAUCAUCCAAAUGAUGGAAUGCAUCCGGAGACAGCUGAUGAUGUGGUUCAAUGAGAGGCGCGAAGCCAGCAUGCAGUGGACUUCGAUUCUGGUCCCGACAGCGGAACGACGGGUAUCGGAGGCGAUUGAUCGCGCGCGGACUUAUCAAGUGCUGAGAGCAAACGAAGCGGAGUUCGAGGUGAUAUCGCAUGAAGGGACGAAUAUUGUUGAUAUAAGAAACCGAAGGUGUUUGUGUCGGGGGUGGCAGCUUUAUGGGCUUCCGUGUGCACAUGCGGUGGCGGCUUUGCUGUCGUGUAGGCAGAAUGUUCAUAGGUUUACUGAAAGUUGUUUUACGGUUGCUAGUUAUAGGAAGGCGUAUUCUCAAACGAUACAUCCGGUUCCUGAUAAGACAUUGUGGAAGGAAAUGGGGUCUUCACAAAUAGGGGAAGGGAGUAGUGGUAAUAAUGUUAUGGAUAUUAUUAUUAACCCUCCCAAGUCCAUUAGACCACCGGGGAGGCCCAGGAAGAGGAGGGUUAGGUCCGAGGAUCGAGGCUCCGUCAAACGGAUCGUGCAUUGUAGUCGGUGUAAUCAAACCGGCCAUUUUAGAACUACUUGUUCCGCUCCGAUAUGAUAUGAUAUGAUAUGAUGUGAUGAAACUGGUUCCGUCUCCGGGGGUGUUUAUGUAAUUUGAGGAGUUGAUCUUUGGAUGAAAGAAUUAAGAAUAUGAGAGGUGAAGAAGGUGGGUUAGUUUUGAUGGGAUAAUGAGUGAAGGAAAUGGUAAUCUCGUCUGGAACUGGAAGUGGAAACAUCUAUUCUAUGGUGAGGUACUUAAAAAUCGUGUGUAGUGACAGUGUAGAUUUUAAGUUUGAAUCUGAUUUACGUUUCUGUGUUAUGUUCUAAAGCAAAAUGUUUUGCGUGAGGUUUUAUUAUUAAAGUCUGUCUGUCUGGCUUAAAAGCUCCUCUUUGUAAUUAUGGGCUAUGGCCAGUUAAGGUUCAGAACAUCAGAUAAGAUGAGACUUCUGUUAAAGAAAUUUUAACAAAAGGGCCUCGUGAAAGACAUGGUCCUUUGUUUAUGGCUUUUGGUGGUAGGGGUUGUAGUCCUCAUCUCCUGGAUAUUGAAUUUUUACUCCAUUCCAU